AUGACAUCAGAUAAUGUACUUACAGCAAAGAUAUUCGAAUUAGUGUGCUAUAUACUAUCGAUCAUAGGAUGUAUAUUUAUCAUAUUCCAUUUCUUUUGGAUAACGCUCUUAAGAAAUAGUUAUUCAAGAAUCAUUAUCUAUCCAACAUUUUCUAUUCUUUUGUUUAAUUUUGUAACUUUUCCAUUAUUCCUAUCACCAGAAGUCGUAGGAUUGUAUAUAAUCAGAAAUACUUAUUUAUGUUUUGCACAAGCUGCUUUAACUCAACUUAGUAUAGUUUCCAAUUUUCUUUGGUCAGUUGCCAUCUCUAUAAAUUUAUUAUUUUUAUGUUUCUAUCCUGCCAAAGAUAUUAAAAAGAAUGAUAAAUUAUUCCAUGUAUUUAUUUGGGGUAUUUCCAUUUUAAUCAUAAUAUUAACUAGAACUCAUCUUGGUGAUGAUGGGAAUGAAUGUAGAUAUGUUAAUCAAAAUGAUGAAGUAAAAUUUAUAAUUGAUGCAUUAUUUUUUGGAUCAAUUAUGUUAUUUAAUUUGGUUGUACAAAUGGUUACAUUGAAACAAGCAUACAAUGGUACUUUAAGACCAUACUAUGAAACCAAAUCCUUAAUGAAUAACGAUGAAAAGAGAAAUACCACCAAAAAGAUUGUUUGGAGAUUAAUGUUUUAUCCGGGUGUCUUGUCGAUUUGCUACAUGAUGCUUUUGGUGCUACACAUCUUUAUCUUUACUCGUUACAAGAUUAGCGAGGAGCACUAUCGUACACCACCUCCUCCAGACUAUGGUGUUGAGGUUUUGACCAUCAUUGCCCGUGGACUAUUUGUAUUGCAAGAAGUUCAAAACUACGAAACAACUACAAGAAAUACAGAAUAUUUAGGAAAAUAUUCUGGAUCAUCCGAUGUCAAAAAGACGAAAACCAAAGUGUCAUUGUUAAAUUCAGAUAUUAAAAGAAGAGAUAAGAGCAUGUCAAGUAAUACUACAAAGUGGUCUCAAAGAGUAGCACAAUCAUUAAGUCAAUGUACUGCAGAGUCAGCAUUGUAUGCAUCAUGUGUUAUUAAACAUAUUGAUGAUAUUGAAAAGAAUGCUUGUAAUAUAGAAUUUCAAAAGUUUAAACAAUGUAUUGCUAAACAUGCUGUCAAAAAUAGCAUGAUCACCCUAAUGGAUAUCUAUAAUAAUGGAGCAAGAAAGAAUUGA